CAGGGACGGUGGCAACACAGAGAGCGCUAGUAAUGUCGGCAAUGGCCAGUUCUUCCCCUUAUAAAUACCAACACCCACUAAACCAAUCGCUGAGAUUUGAUACACGGAAGGAUAAACCAAGAGAGUGAGGUAGAGAAAUAGAGUUUUGUGGGUUGUAAGCUCCAUCGUCUUCUACAUUGUUCCUCCUCUCUGUUUUGCUAUCUACCACGGCAAAAAGCCCUGCUAGACUACUUGUUCUUCUGUCAACCUUCAAAAUUUUGAUCGACUAGCUUCACCAUUCCAAUUUUGUUUGAUCAUUAAGGCAAGAGUUUUGGAAGCUAUGAGUCCCUUCUCUUUCUUCCACCAUUGUUGUACCCUGUUAACAUUCAUUAUUCUCUUCAAUUCUAAAGGUAUUUCAGGUACUAAAUUCAAUUUCGUGAACAAAUGCGAUUACACUGUUUGGCCUGGAAUCUAUGGCAGUCCGAAACUGGACAGUACAGGAUUCGAGCUCUCAAAAGGCAGCUCUCGUUCAUUCCAGGCUCCGACAGGAUGGUCAGGUCGGUUCUGGGGCAGAACCGAUUGCAAUUUUGACAAAACGGGUCGCGGAACCUGCGCCACAGGAGACUGCGGGUCGGGACAAGUAGAAUGCAACGGGUUGACCGCCGUGCCGCCAGCCACUUUAGCCGAGUUCACGCUCGGUUCCGGUUCGCAGGACUUCUACGACGUGUCACUCGUCGACGGGUACAAUCUCCCGAUGAUGGUUGACGUAAGUGGUGGCUCGGGUACGUGCUCAGCAACAGGGUGCGUGGAGGACUUGAAUCGUCAUUGCCCGGCUGAGCUUAAAGCGGAUGGCGGCGGAGCUUGCAAAAGUGCCUGCGGUGCGUUUGGCAGUCCCGAGUACUGCUGCAGCGGUGCGUACGAUUCACCGUCUACUUGUAAGCCGUCGAUAUACUCUGAAAUGUUUAAAAGCGCGUGCCCGCGAUCGUAUAGCUAUGCAUACGAUGAUGCCACUAGUACUUUUACAUGUACUGGAGCUGAUUAUACGAUCACGUUUUGCCCUAACUUGCCAAGUCUAAAAUCUGCAAGGGACCCAUCUCCCAAGCCAACAACAACAGAAGGGUCUGGGUCUGGGUCAAGGCCAGUAGAAGAGAGUGCACUGGAUAGUUCAAGGCUUGCAAACUUGGCCACUGGAGAAUCAUCCGGUAGUCGCCCUUUUUGGGCUCUCCAAUAUUCUAUUUUUGUAGGGACUUGUCUUCUUCUAUCCUUUAUUCACUUUUUAUAGUACAUCUCUUCAUCUCUUGAGAUCAAAAGAGAAUCCAAGCCAUUCCCAUAUCUUCCAUACUUGAGGUUUAAUUCAUAUAUAAUGGCGCAAUGAUGUAAAGCAUUUAGAUUUAGAAAUAGAAUGUGCCUCUCCUUUCACAUUUAUGAUACAUUUUUAGUGCUCGUAUAUUUGCCAAGUAUUGCAAUUACCCCCAUCAUGGGUUUGUCCCGCCCAUGAGGCUUAC